AUGUCUGAAAAAAAAGUCCCAGCAAAGAGGAGAAGCAGGGCUACAAUCAAAGCUGAAGACGACACCCCAAGUUUACCAGGUCCACAACCGACUACGAGCACCUCGUCGGAAAAGAAAAGCUGCUAAUCCCCCACCGAGAGACCUGUUAGAUGUAAAUGCCAACAGAGAAGAGCGACGGUCUGAACUCGUAGCAGGUACCUCCUCAUAUCCUCGAGCGUCAGCGUCAGCGUCGUCCACACUCCCCGCUAGAUCCCCCAUAUCGUCGCAUGCCCACUGAUAUACGCUCGGCGCGAAAAUCCAGCGUACCAAGCAUCACCCCACGACCACCACCGCGAUCCCGGAGAUCGAGUAUGCAAGGCCCUGAGCGCAACAUGCUGCAGCACGCCUGGCAUACUGUCAUGACCACCGAUCCUCUCGUUGACUCGGAUGAGGAAUGCCACGAUGGUCACGUUCGAACAGACUACAUCAAGAGAAUGCAGGUCAUUUCUCGCCUAAGAGGCAGGCCACCAACUCCAGAAGGAGAAGAGCCUACAUAUGGAACUCCAAUGACCAGUACGGUCAUCGCACUUCGAGGCCCAUCCAGGGCGGGUUCCCUCUGUAUUCUGAAAACUCAGAAUUGUUAGACUACAUCAUGUACUAUACUGUCUACCUCCUUGUU